AUGGUAAUUAAUGUGCCCUCUGUUAAGUUCAGGGACUACCAAGUUGAUGCCGUCUCUUCUUUUGUAAGCGAGGACCCAUCAUUUGCUCCGCCAAAUGUCGUCAUUCAAGGGCAUCAUAGCUCAGGCAAGACAUUGACAAUGCGCAAAUUUUUUGAAUAUAACCCUCAAAUUUAUAAUUGCUGGCUGAAUCCAAUUGAGCUCGUGUCAUGGAAGCCGUUGUUGCAGCACGUUGCAAGGAUGAUAUCUUCGACUCUGGCAAAUCUCUUCCCCGAUAUAUCUUGCGAAGAACAAGAUGCUCUUGAAGCUGAGGACUUCUAUCUGCUUAUCAAGUUUUUGCAUGCCGUGCUUCGAAGCUACCAGCUUUUGGAAAAGGACAUCAGCCUUUUUGUGGUUUUUGACGGUUUUGAUCAGCUGCAAGAACUUGACUCGGAGCUUUUACCGAAAUUUAUCAAAUUGCAUGAACUCUUGCCUCCGAAUCUUAGAGUUCAACUUAAGUUUAUUUACAUCGUUCAUGAUACCGCGUUUCUAAGCAGAUACAGCACUUACAACCUCCCGACAAUCAUUUUUCCUAGGUAUAAACAUGAACAAGUUGCUGAGAUCCUACUUCAAAAAAAAGUUAGUGAAUACAUCGAAAGCGAGAAGCUACUUUGCAAGGUCGUUAGUUGCGGGCUUGAUCCAGAAGAUUCAACUUUUGAACAAAUUGCAGAGAAUUACAUCAAAAUCAUUAUUCAAGCAUUUCAUUCAUACACCGGUAAUGACAUAGUUGCACUAGGAGACUUGAUGGACUCGAAGUGGGAAAGCUACGUCCAAUCGAUUACCGCAGAAAACAUCAAUGAGCCGCUUUCUCUUUACCGUUCCAAUAUCGAUCUCUACACGACAACGGGUGAUACUUUCGUGGCAGAGGAGGAAGCUUGCGUUGAAACAGGCGACAGCGAGAGGGCCACAGCGUAUGAGCUGUCGUGUAUCUCAAAGUUUCUGCUCAUUGCUGCAUACCUUUGUUCUUAUUUAGAGCCGCGUUACGACAGCAAGAUUUUUUCCAAGAAGUCGCAUUUGAGAGCUGGCAGGUCAUCUUAUGGACGACGUGCUAAAAUGGAAACCAAUCCUCGUUACUUGCAGCCUUCCCUUUUUCCUCUCGAGCGCCUCUUUUCAAUUUUUCAGGCUAUAUUUCCAGUUGAGGAGCAAGAGAAUCAUAGCAUAUUUCACCAUACUGAGCCUAUGAGAGCUAACGUUGAAGUUUAUGAGAACCUUGCAGAGCUUAACAGCUUAAAACUCAUCACUACAGCAACUCCCAAGAACGUAGAUUAUCUCAGUUACAAACUCAAAUGGAAAGUCAAUGUUCCUUGGGAAAUUAUCACAGAGCUAGCAUCGUCAGUCAACUUUGAUAUAGCUGACUACUUUUCGGGCUUGCAUUAUUAG